AAAUCAGGGCUCUUCCGUUUCCAAUUCGCGCUCCAAUUCCAACACCGCUUCCUUUGGCCGCUGCUGCUUUUAGAAUCAACUCAUCAGUUUCGAAAUUUGCGCUUUCUAUUUCCAAUUGCAUUCCCAAAUUCUCACGUUCCGCCGCCUAUUUUGCUCUAACAUUUUGGCGGCGUCUCCUCUUUUUCAUUGGGUCCGCCAUAUCUCUCUUUUGGGAUUCUACAGAGUUUGUUUUCUCUCUGGAAUUUCCCCUUCUUCUCCUCCUGAAGAACACUCCUUGGGGUAAGAUGGUUUUCACCGUUGUUGUAGUGAAACCCAGAAGGCAGCUGUUGUUAGUGGGCUGUUCCAUUCUCUUUCAGUAAAUGGGCUGUGGUCCGUCUAAAGGAAGAAGGCAAUACCUUGGAUACGAGGAUCCUGUUUCCCUUGCUUCACAAACGACCUUUAGUGUCAGUGAAGUCGAAGCUCUAUUCGAGCUUUUCAAAACUAUAAGCAGUUCAGUGAUAGACGAUGGGCUAAUAAACAAGGAAGAAUUUGUAUUGGCUCUUUUCAAGAACAGGACGAAAGAAAACCUCUUUGCAAGUCGGAUCUUUGAUCUAUUUGAUGUGAAGCAUAGAGGAGUUAUUGAUUUCGGGGACUUUGUUCGUUCGCUCCACAUAUUUCAUCCAAAUACUCCUUUGGAAGACAAGAUAGGCUUUUCUUUUAAGCUGUAUGAUCUAGAUAACACGGGCUUUAUCGAGCGCAAAGGGGUUAAGCAAAUGUUACUAGCACUUCUUGGCGAAUCUGAAAUGAAGUUGGCGGAUGAGACGAUUGAGAUGAUACUCGAUAAGACAUUUUUGGAAGCUGAUAUAAACCAAGAUGGGAAGAUCGACAUGGCGGAGUGGCAACACUUUGUUUCUAAGAACCCGUCGUUACUAAAGAUCAUGACACUCCCUUAUUUGAGGGAUAUAACAACAGCAUUCCCAAGUUUUGUGUUUAAUUCUGAGGUUGAUGAGGAUGCUGCUUGAAGAGAGUAAAUAGAAUUAGAGUUGUGAUUAACUUUUGUUAUUCUUGGAGACCAAACUGUUUGAGCUGAGAUGAAA